CUUUGGUAUGUUUGUUUGACUAAAAUGGCGAAAGCCGCGCUGAAGAAGAACGCUGAGUCUAAUCAACAAAUUGUAUUACAAUUUCAGCAGUUGAGACAGGAGCAGCAGACAAUAAUAGCCAAAAUAUGUGAACUAGAAGGAGAGACGAAAGAUCACGAAGUGGUCAUUGGUACUCUGAAAGAAGUAGAUCCUUCUAGAAGAUGUUUUCGUUCUGUUGGUGGAAUUUUAGUUGAGAGGACGGUGGCAGAGGUUCUUCCUGCUCUACAGACAAACAAGGAUCAGGUUUGAAGCUUAACGACCCUAUCAGUCUGU